UUUUACCUGUUUUUCCAUUUGAGAAGUUGACAAGAAACUUAAACGUUUCAGACAUCAACUUAGAGCGAUGCUAAACCUGGUCUUUGGUCUUGUAUUAACAUUGGUCUGCUGCCUUGUUUCUCCUCACCAUGCUUGCAACCAGUUUGAUCAUGAAUCUCUCUUGUCAUUCUCUUACAACGUCUCAUCUUCCCCACCAUUGAAUUGGUCUCCAUCCAUUGAUUGCUGCUUGUGGGAAGGGAUCGGCUGCGAUGGUGAUGGCCAAGUAACCAGUCUAUGGCUGCCUUCGAGAGGUAUAGUUGGUGUCUUCUCCUUCUCAUCUAUCAGGAACCUGAAACAUCUCUCUCAACUCAAUUUAUCCCACAAUCAAUUCUCUGGCCCUCUUGAAUCCUUUUUGUCCUUGGUUGCACUUGAGACUCUUGAUUUGAGUUACAACCUCCUUCAUGGUGAAUUGCCAUCCUUGUUUUCAUCCAAGAAUAUUAAGUUGAUAGAUUUAUCCAGCAACAAUUUUUAUGGAGAAAUUCCUUCUACUUUCUUCCAGCAAGCCGCGAACUUGGUCAGCUUUAAUAUCAGUAACAACAGCUUUACAGGAUCCAUUCCUUCCUCCGUCUGUCUCAAUUCUUCUCUCUCUGUCAAGCUUCUUGAUUUCUCCGGCAACGAUUUUGGAGGGCUAAUGCCCAAAACACUUGGGCAGUGUUCACAACUGCAAGUUUUUCGAGCAGGUUUCAACAAUCUUUCAGGACCAUUUCCUCAGGAUAUCUUCAAAGUUGUCUCCCUGCAAGAAAUCUCUUUACCUUUGAACAGCCUUUCUGGACCCAUAAGCCCUGGCAUCACCAAUCUCACCAACCUCAAAAUUCUCGAGCUCUAUGGUAAUCAGUUGACUGGUGUCAUCUCCCCAGAUAUUGGUAAGCUUUCCAACUUAGAACAAUUGCUCCUGCAUAUCAACUAUUUUGCAGGCCCUCUGCCAACAUCUCUUGCCAACUGCACUAACCUUUUCGCUUUGAAUUUACGAUUCAACAACUUAGAAGGAGAUCUUUCGACAUUUAAUUUCUCUAAACUUGUUAAGCUUCGUAUCCUCGACCUUGGUAACAAUAACUUUACUGGGAGCUUGCCAUUGAGCCUUUAUUCAUGCUGGUCACUGACAGCAGUGAGACUGAGCUUUAACCAGUUUGAGGGACAAAUUUUGCCCAAGGUUGUUGACCUGAAAUAUAUGUCUUUCCUCUCACUUUCUCACAACAAUUUAACCAAUGCCACUGGUGCAAUAAGUAUUCUGAUGAGAUUGAAGAACCUCCGUAUUCUUCUUCUCUCGAGAAAUUUUCAGAAUGAAUCAAUGCCAAAUGAAGAUAAAAUAGGACAAUCAGGUGGAUUUCAAAAUCUCCAAAUUUUGGCUUUAGGUGGCUGCCUACUCAAUGGUCAGAUACCAGGUUGGCUAGCUAAGCUUCAGAAACUACAGGUCUUGGACUUAUCAUUCAACCGAAUCAUCGGUUCAAUUCCAACUUGGUUAAUAAGUCAACCAAGCCUUUUUUACAUAGACUUGAGUAGUAAUUUCAUAUCAGGUGAAUUCCCCAGGGAGCUUAACUUAAUGCCGGCAUUGGCAUCAACAGAGGCGCAGUAUGCAGUAGACACGACCUAUCUAGAGGCGCCUGUCCUUGUACAGACCAACAAUGCUAUCAAUCCUAACUAUCAACAAUACAUUAAGCUCUCGCACCUACCACCAGCAAUAUACAUAAGAAAUAAUAACCUUAGGGGCAAUAUCCCUGUCGAGCUUGGCCAGUUGAAGCUCCUUCAUGUGUUGGAUCUUAGUAACAACAACUUCUCUGGAAGCAUUCCCAGUGAACUAUCUAAAUUGACCAACUUAGAGAAGUUGGAUCUCUCUGGAAACCAUCUAACUGGUGAAAUACCUGCAUCAUUCAAAGGACUGAAUUUCUUGUCUUCAUUCAGUGUUGCAGACAACAACCUUGAAGGACCGGUGCCUUCAGGAGGCCAGUUUGACACUUUUCCUGUCUCCAGUUUCUCGGGGAAUCCAGGAUUAUGCGGUUCAAUUGUGCAGUAUUCUUGUUCAGAUCAACCCCAAACCACCAGUCCUGUUCCUGAAGAAUCUUCAGAAAACACGCUUGUUUUUGGACUUAUUGCUGGACUCACUUUUGGAUUUGUUGUUGGAUCUACCACUGGGUUACUCUACCCCAUCCGCAGGCUAAAAUUCCUGGAGAAGUUCAUUAGGUUCCUUCAUCGAAAUGAACGCAGAAAUUCACAUGUCUCUCCUUUAUAUUCCACUUCAUAAUGCUGAUUCCACUUAUGCAUAUGGUGGGAACCAGCAAAGGGGCUAGGAAGGAUUUGAUAGUACAGGAUAUUAGAUCAUUUUGAAGAUGCACUAUACGUACAAUCUGCAAAACAUGCAGGACUCAAAUGUUUCACAAUUCUGAUGUUCGACAGGCAUGCUGAUUUAAUUA